AUGCACGCCCAGUCCCGCCCCGCCAACUCCUAUGAUGCGAAUGCUAAUGAAAUCAUCCAAGUCGGGAUCAAUGUCCAGCUUUGUAAGCGGCUCAUGCUGGUCUGGCUCCAUGGAGUGAACCGAUGUGCGAUUAUGCAUUGGAAGACUGUUGAUUGUGAUUUCAUCAAUAUUGGAUCCAUCAUUGAAGUCGCAGUAAAACCAAUUGAACUGAGAGAGGAGACACUCUGGGCUCCAUACGAAGUAACCAAAUGCCUCAAAGUCUUGGAGACUGUAAAAAACGAAGUCAAAAUUCAAGACUACACGUGCUUCGCCUUGUACGAAGUGGAUUUCGCCAACAGGGAUCCAAUGUUUGAUGAGUAUUCGGCAAUCACCUCAAAUUAUAUCCUCGAUUCGGAAAUUGGAAAUGUCCUUUUGGAAAGAACGGCAAAGAACCAGGAAGGCUUUCUCCACACCUCCAAGAAGAUCAUCGAAGAUCACAAAACUGGGCCAUCGAAGGUAAUGGCGUGGUUCAAAUACGUCCGCUGCCUUGUCCCCGCCGCAAUGAUCCAACGAGGAUGCGAUGUUCAAGAAAAAGUCUACAGUUACGUCUGGAGAAUGGAGCAAGUUCUUGGAACCAUGGCUGCCUACAAGGCCGAACAGUCAAAGAUUCAAAGUGAAAGCAUACUAGCCGAUGAGCUCCCACAAUUGACGAAAGAAGAUGACGUGGCGCGUCAAAAACGCCAAGCCCGACUGGAGUUCGAAGCAAACCAAACAAGAAUCCAUGCGGAUCUACCAUCGGCCGUCUCUGGAUUAAGCCUCUCCGACUCGGUCUUCACACACGGAACCGUCCGACAGCAGGCGCCUGCCCCAGUCAACAACUUGCCACCUGCUGCUCCAGCCCAACCAGGAUAUGAUGUGUAUGGCACUGCACGUCCUUCGACUGAAGGAUUGUUCCACCGUGCCCGCCAGCAUGCAAAGGAACAAGCUCAGUUAGCUCAACAAGCAGCUCGAGAAGCUGAACAUCAUGCUCAACAACGAGCUCAACAACAAACUCAACAUGCUGCUUACUCCAAUUACUCCACUUUCUCUGGUUACACAGCUGCCGGACCGGCUGAAAAUGGCCAGCAUGGUCAUUCUGUUGCCUCAUCGCGUGGAACCGACCAGUUUGGGCCUUCUGCUGCCCCAUCAGCACUGCAAAGUCAUUCUGGAGCUUAUGGACCUGGUUACGCCGGACAGCCAGCAGCUCCAAGUCACAUGCCACCUUCCCAACGUCAGAUCACCAUUGAGGAAUUGGCCAAGAAACUCGAUGAUCUCACGGCAUAUGUCUACCGCCAGGACCGUGAGAACGAGGCUCUUCAUCAGGAGAAAGAAGCCCUCCGUCUGAAAAACUGCCGCCUGAGAAACGAUUUGGCCAAAAUCAUCUUUCCUACCGAAUCGAUGAUUGAUAUUCCAAAAGUCAAGGAGCAAAUGAAGAUUCACGACAGUGAAACUUUCAAUACGCUCGAGAAUGCCAUCGCUGAAGUCAAGGCAGCAUCUAGUGAUCAACAAUCUCGUCCACGUGGAUACUGA